UCUGUCAUCUCUGGUCUUUGUUUGUGUUUCAAGAAGGAGAGAGCGACGAUUCCUUAUCUCCUCUCUGUCUCUUAUAAUGAGAAGGAACGUGCAUCAACUUUUCAAUUAAACAGAGUCAGCAUCACCAUUCCUCCUUCAUCAUAAUAAUAAUUAACCACCACCACCAUGACUCUCCAUAUCUUCAAAAUCCAUCUAAUCCCAUCAUUAUUCACAACUUCUCAACCCAAUUAAGCAACCUCCUCACAAUUCCUCUCACCAAAUCCACCUGUGUUUCAACCACCUUUACCCAUAUUCUUUAACUCUUCUUCUAUCUUCUUCUUCUUCUGGGAAUUCGACUUCGAGUUUGGCAUUGAAAUGACUCAGUUGUUUCGUUCUAAAUCCUGUGUACUGAGGCACCAGAGUACUCUGUUCGACUCUAUUCCAUCAACUCCAUCUCUAUAUCUCAGUAACAAUGAAGAGACUGCUGAAGAGGAAGAAAGUCGGCCUUUUACGAAUCCAGUUUCUACGCCGCUCGACUCUCCCAGCGGUGGUGGUGAUCAUGAGAGACAGGGAAGUUAUAGAGCGGGAAAUUUGAGAGAGGAGCCGCAGCAACAAAAUCACCAGUUUUCGGUUUUGGAUAUUCUUGUUGAAGCAUUGAGGAAGUCGUUGGUGACAUGUACAAGUACCAGUUUCUCUAGAGAAGAUGAAUUUUACUCCUUGGAUAUUGGGUGGCCGUCAGAUGUUCGCCAUGUAUCUCACGUCACGUUCGAUCGUUUCAACGGAUUUCUUGGUUUGCCUGCUGAGUUCCAACCUGAAAUCCCCGGGAGGGUUCCCAGUGCCAGUGUAAGUGUGUUUGGAGUGUCUCCGGAGUCCAUGCAAUGUUCGUAUGACCAUAGAGGAAACAGCGUACCCACAAUUCUGCUCAUGAUGCAAAGGCGCUUGUAUUCUGGAGGAGGACUCCACGCUGAAGGAAUUUUUCGCAUUAAUCCUGAGAACACCCAAGAGGAGUACGUCCGGAGCCUGCUAAACAGGGGAAUUUUACCAAAUGAAAUUGAUGUGCAUUGUCUGGCUGGUCUAAUAAAGGCAUGGUUUAGAGAACUUCCGGCAGGAGUCCUUGAUUUCCUUACACCUGAGCAGGUGAUGAAUUGUAAUACAGAAGAAGAGUGCACUCACAUUGCGAGCCUACUGAGACCAACGGAAUUUGCACUGCUUGACUGGGCCAUCAAUUUGAUGGCAGAUGUUGUGCAAUUUGAACACCAAAACAAGAUGAAUGCACGCAACAUUGCAAUGGUUUUCGCGCCUAACAUGACUCAGAUGGCAGAUCCCUUGACGGCAUUACUCCAUGCAGUUCAAGUAAUGAACUUUCUCAAGACCCUGACAGUAAAAGCGCUACGAGAAAGAGAAAAAUCAUCUGACGAGGUUAGCUUGUUCUCUUCAUGCUCAGAAUCUCCGAGCAAUAAAAGCGACCCCAAUUUGUCAAAAUCCAACAGCGAAAUCGGUGAAAGGUCCUCCAGUGAGCAAGCAAUUGAUUUCUGUGUUCGUGAUGGACCAUCAGUCUCUUGCAGUUUUCCUAGGAGCAUUAGCCAAAAGAAAUCACAAAGCCACAAUGAUGAACACGUCCAUUGGACUUUGCAGGAUAGGAUUGAGAAGGGAGAGUCUCACGAGUCUAAAUGCGACACCACCAUGUACUCAGAAAAUGAGUGUGGAGGAAGAAGUGGGUCUAGUGGCAUGGGCGCAGAAGUUUUCUCAUCGGACAGGUCAAGCUGGAGAGAAGGAGUGAAGAAAAUUUGCAGGCGACCCGUGUUUCAGUUGAGUAAGUCGAUGAAGAAACCUGCAGGUUUUGCCAUCAUAAGUGCUAGUAGGAGAGGAUCUGGUACUGAAGCUUGGACAUGAAAAGGACUUGGUGUACUCUCUACAUAAAAAUGUACUUGUAUAAAUGUGAUGCCAGUUACAAGUGGUGGAUUUUUGUAGGUCGUUCUUGUUAAGUUGUGUGAGGAUUUCCUUAAUGGAACCUAUGGGAUUUCUAAUACUAGUAGAUAUUAGCAAGCGUUGUUUUUUACUACGUUCUGCUAAGGCUCUAAUUUGGUUUGGUAUAGAAAAUGUCUUUGAGCAAUGCCAUAAAUACGAUACUCAAUUGCUCGUA